CCCCGAGGACGCGCAGAGCCUGGGGGCGCCGCCCCCCCCCCAGCACCCGGACCCAGCCCGCCGGGCCGUGGGCGCACUGCUGGCGCUGCUGGGGCGGGUGCUGAGCGGGGACGUACGCAACGGGCUGGCGCUGCUGCCCCCCUAUGGAUCCUAUAGCCCCCCUGUGGAUGCCGUUGCCAUCGCGGCCCGGGUGGCCCAGAAGCACCCAGGGGUGCAGCGCGUCCUCAUCGUGGACUGGUGCGCGCUGCCCGGCCGCCCCACCCCCCGCCUGUUCCAGGAUGACCCCAGCGUUCUCUAUUUCGGGGUGCACUGGGGUGAGGACCCCCCCCCCGAGCGUCGGCACUGGCCGGGGCGAGGGCUUCACCGUUGACCUGCGCUGGGAGGAGCCCGGCACGACGGACGGCGACUACGCGGCGGCCUUCCUGCAGCUCCUGCUGCCCAUCGCCCUGGAGUUCCAGCCCCAGCUCGUCCUGGUCAACGCCGCCGUCGAUGCCGCCCUGGGGGACCCGGAGGGCCGCGUGGGGGUCUCCCCCGAUGGCAUCUCGCUGCUGACCCACCUGCUGGCCGCGCUGGCGGGGGGGUGCCUGCUCCUCACCCUCCAGGGGGGGUCCCAGCCAGGAGCGCUGCCGGGGGGGCUCAGCGCCGUCCUGCGCACGCUGCUGGGGGACCCCGGGGACCCCCCCGGGCCCAUGACCCCCACCCCCAGAGGCCUGGGCAGCAUCGCCCGCACCUUGGAGGCCCACCGCAAGUACUGGAGCGGCCUGCGCUGUGAGCCGGACGUGGAGGACGAGCCGGAGGAUGAGGAGCGCGAGGAAGAGCGCGAGCUGCCGGAGGGUGAGGAGGUCCCGGGGGGCGACGAGGGCCCGGACCCCCCCUUGGAGGAGGUCCCGGACCCCCCCUUGGAGCCGCCGGGGGGGGACGAGGGGCCGCGCCCCACCGCCCGCACGGGGCUGCUGUACGACGAGCGGAUGGAGGAGCACUGCAACCCCUGGGACAGCCAGCACCCCGAGGCGCCGCAGCGGGUGGCGCGGGUGCUGCAGCGCCUGACGGAGCUGGGCCUGGCCCAGCGCUGCCUCCGCCUGCCCGCGCGCCCCGCGCUGCGCUCCCAGCUCCUCGCCUGCCACACGAGGGCGCACGUGGCGGCGCUGGCGGCCACCGAGGGGCUGCGGGCGCGGGAGCUGCGGGGGGCGGCCGCCCGCUACAACUCCGUCUUCCUCUGCCCCCGCUCCUACGCCUGCGCCCGCCUGGCCGCCGGCACCGCCUGCGCCGCCGUCACCGCCGUGCUGCGCGGCCAG